AUGACCGUUUCAGUCUGCUCCAACCUUGGCUUUGUCCGCUCUCUGAAUGUCCUGCUUCUGAUGUUGACUGGUUUGAGCUUGAGCAGUCCCAUCAGGUCUCCUGAGAGCCAUCACAGGGUAUCAGUCGGUAGGGAUGUGGGUGAUAAUCCGCUACUUGAUGCACAGGACUUUCUGAGCCAGUUUCUGUCCACAAUGAACCUCACAGAGCUGAGGCCCCAGGUCAGGCCCCUCGCUGCCCGUAAGGAGCCACCAGAGUACAUGCUGGAGCUGUACAACCGAUUUGCCAAUGACCGCACUGCUGUGCCCUCAGCCAACGUUGUGCGCAGUUUCAAGAACGAAGAUUCCUCCCCCUUCAGUGUAACGGCCAGGGGUGUCAGGAUACAUCCCCUGCUUUUCAACAUCUCAAUACGCCACAGUGAACACAUAACAAUAGCUGAGCUUCGCCUUUUCACCCUGUUCCAGAAGGCCCAGAGACCAAAUGUUGGCAUUGACUGCAAGGUGACCAUAUACAAAAUACACGAGGGCGUUCUUUGGACAAAAGAGGUGGGGAAAGAAGGGAGAAGGAGGGAUAAAGAGGAGGUGGUGGAGAUGAAGGAUUUGGAGGAACUGGUGACAAAGCAUAUCCAUGCCAAAGAUAACAGCUGGGUGUCGUUUGACCUGACUCAUGUGGUUGCACUCUGGCGGAAGUCAGGCUGUGCAACUCACAGAUUGGAGGUUCAUAUUGCAAAUCUGGGGUCAGAAGAGGAAGAGGCCAGGCAGGAGGUCACAGAACAGGGCCAGAGGUUGGUUGAGGUUGAUAUCGACAGGAGCUUGGAUGGGAAACACAAUGCGGUGAUGAUUGUAUUCUCAGACGAUCAGAGCAGAGACCACAAACAGGAUAAACAAGAGCUCAACCAGAUGAUCGAACAUGAGAAUGACCUUCCUGAAAACGUGGGCCGGCGCCAGCAAGCUUUCUGGGAGCACGUUAAUCACAACGCCAACCAGGACGAGCUGGACAAACAGUCCCUGGUGCAGCUGCAGUCCAACGUUAUCUAUGACACGCCUCCCCGAAUCCGUCGCAAUGUUAAGAGCGAGCCCUGCAAGAGGACCCCACUCUUUGUGGAUUUUAAAGACAUUGGCUGGGAUACGUGGAUCAUCCAGCCUGUGGGCUACGAGGCGUACGAGUGCAACGGCGUGUGCAACCCACCUAUGACCUCUGAGGUCUCGCCUACCAAACAUGCCAUAGUGCAGACACUGCUGAGUGUUAAGAGCCCAGAGAGGGCAUCGCGUGCCUGCUGUGUACCCACUAAGUUAGAGCCCAUCUCACUCCUUUAUCAUGAUAACGGCGUGAUCACAUUCAACCACAAGUAUGAGGGAAUGGUGGUGGCGGAGUGUGGCUGUAGAUAGUCUUGAACACUAGAGAUAGAGACUGUGCUAUCUACUUAUCUUCUCAUGUGCUUGUUUCCACAGUAUCUAAGA